CAGACCCAAAGAAAGAGAGGGAGUACCCGAAGUAUCGUUUCUGGGAGUAACGUUUCCAACGUAGCCUAGUAGAUUUGAAGAUUAAAGUUCUGUGUGGGUAGAAAGAAAGAAAGCAGUGAAAUUCGUAUAAAGAAAAUAUAAAUUACUUAAGAGAAAGGAAAUCUUCCUCAGAAAAUCUUUCAAAAGCUACAAAGCUACUUUCUGUUAUGAGUAUAGCCAUUAUAAAAAAAUAUAUUUCUAUAUUAUUAGAGACAUCAGAAUUCAAUAUAGCUAUACUGAUUCAUCUCAUCAGCCUUAAUAGUAGUAGCACAUUUUAAGAUUUAAUUUCAAUGUCAAUAUUAGUUUAGAAUAGUUUUGUUCAACUUAGGACUUUGUUUCAUUGAUAGUGAUAAAGAAUUUUAUGAUAAGAAAAAUAAAAAUAAGAUAAAGAUUUAUCUUCUGAUAUGGCAUCUUGCAAACCAGAAGAAAUCAGUACAAAAACAAAGCUUUCAAAAUUACAAUGCCCAUUUACUUGGGAUCUAUUGGAUAGUGUAACAAUACAUUGUAAGAUGUAUUCUAAUAACAAUGAACAUGAUGAUGAACUAGAUGAUGAAGAAACAUGUAGGAUAGAACUCUUUAUGAGAACUAUACUUCAAUGUUAUAAAACUGUAUUAAGUGCAGAUGACGAUACAGCUCAGAAUAUUCAAAAAGCUGAAGAUUUUUUGAUGCAGCUCCAACAAGAGAAAGAUUUAUCUCAAACGAUAAGGGCUAUAGAGCAUGUGUUUUAUGCUACAAAAUGCUUCAUUUUGUAUGAAACAGAGAAGUUAGAUGAGUUAGAUGAAAUAUUGAACAAUAUUAUUGAUACUGAUAAUUUCAGUAAAGCAGAAAGUGGUGCUUUGCAUGGUUGUCAAAGUAUUGUAUGGUCUUGCUUACAUGAAUUUGGUAUAAAUAAAGCAAUGGAUAAUGCUAAGAAAGCAGUAGAAAUGAAUGAAGAGUACGCAUUAUGGCAUUUUAUUCUUGCAAAGAAUCUUAGACGUCAAAGACGUAUUGUACAUCUUACAUCUGAUGUGUCAGAUGAAGAAGAAAAGCAUUUUGAAUUAGCAUAUGCUAUAUCUGUUAAUAAUCCUAUAUUUGGAGUAUAUUACUUGCAAAUGCGUAUCGAAAAAUUUUACAAAUACAACAAAAAUAAGGAUUAUAUGACAAAAAAAGCAACCAAUGAGAAAACAGUAUUGCAAAUGGCAAAAAAUAUAUUAAAAAUGAAACCUACUAGUUAUAAAGUAUUAUUAAAACUAAGUCGUAUGUUUUUACGAUCAUAUUCGGACGAAACAUUAGCAGCAAAAGAAUGUCUAGAUGCUGUAGAAAAAAUAGUACCAAACAAUUCUACAUUUCUGCAUUAUACUGGAAUGUUAUAUGAGGAAUGUGGAGAGUUCAGGGAUGCUUUAUGGUAUUAUAAAAAGGCUGUGGAUUAUAAUAAUUUUGUGGCGGAAUUUUCAUACAUAAGAUAUGGUUGGGAAACAGGAGAAUUGCAACCUUUGCCGCAUUUACUACGAAUGCUAAAAAAAUACAAUUCUGUUGUCAAAGAACGGCAAAUAUCUAUGUUUUUAGCAAUCGCUAUUGCUUAUUAUUCUCUUCACAAGGAUAAAGAAAAUGCCGCAGACUAUUUUGUGAAAGCGUUUACACUGGAUCCACUCAACAAGAAGUUUAAGAUGUUUUAUAAAUUCCUUGACUUCAGUGCUCCGAGUAUAUACGAUUUUUUAAGCAAUCACUUCCUUUACGAAAUUGAAUCAUAUCAAAGGAGUCCAAAGCUUCUAGAAAUGAGUAAGAAACUAAGGGCGCUCUUGAAUAACAAUAACGUAAACGUAACAGAACAAGAUGAUUUACCGAAAGAAGCUACAAAUGUAAGAUUGGCCGGCAGUGGGCAGCACCGCCUGCUCUCACGCGCGGUCGAGCUCCAGUACCAGAGGCGGCAAGCUCAGGCGGGAAGCUUGUAUAAAUGGGCAACACAAAGGGUUGAGACGAACAGACAAACAGACGAACAGACGAAUAGAAACUGGAGAACAGACGAACAGCCGAAUAGAAACUGGAGAAUAGACGAACAGACGAAUAGAAACUGGAGAAUAGACAGAGAGACGAAAAGAUAGAUAUAAUAUCGAAUACAUUUUUACACAAACUCGUCUAAGAUUACAGAGAUUGGCACUGAUACUCUUCCGUUAAUUUAAUAUUUCAUUAUUAACUAAUGUAGAAUUGGAAAGUUGACAUUCACCAAAGACUGGAAUUUUAUCAGAACUACAUGCACGUAUAUGUGUGUGUGUGUGUGUGUGUGUGUGUGUGUGUGUGUAUAGAAAGA